AUGUCUGAGCGUCAACAUCAUGAGACCAGCGCCGUGCUCAGAGUCUCCGCUCUCCCAUUGGUCAGCUCGGCGCUGCAAUCGAUGACAUCAGCAUACUCUGAGGUCACAAGUCGUUACCCUCUGCUGCGUCUGAUUGGAGGAGUCGCUGAGGGCGUCUCCAGCGUCGCCAUGACGAGAGCCACGCCCCUUCUUCAGAGUCUGGAGCCGCAGAUUGAAGUUACCAACAGUUUUGUUCUCGUUGGUCUCGACCGUCUGGAGAAAAACUUCCCGAUCCUGAACCAAUCAACGGAGGAGGUGCUGGGUCACCUGAAGGACGCCUUGUUCGUGACGCUGGACGACGUGCAGCUGUGGGUGGUGGACGGUCUGGACGGAGCUCUGGACCAGCUGGAGCGUCUGUCCGGCAGCGCCUUGACGGCCGUCCGGCUGCUACAGGACUCUCAGGUGGGACGAGUGGCCGCAUCGGGAUUGGAUGACGUGUUGAGUCGUCUGGAGGACGCCACUGCCCACUACCUGCCUCUCCCCCCCACGCUGCGUCGUCAGUGGGAGAUGAAGGUGCAGGAGUACGAGGACGAAGACGAGGACGAGCCCAGUCUGUGGACCAGGAUCAGGAGCCUCCUGCUGAACCUCAGCCUGCAGCUCUACCACCGACUGAUGAAGGUCAGAGACCAGCUGGAGAACGCUGUGAGGACGCUGGGGGACGCCGCAAACCAGGUGGGUCUGGGUAAGGUCCUGGAGCUGGUGGGCGAGCUGCUGCGGUACCUGCAGGGCCUCCUGGUGGCGUUGGUGUACCGAGCAGAGAGUCUUCGAGAGCUGACCCUCAGCGGGGUCAGAGGCCAGGCCGUCAUGUUGACCGAGCUGCUCCCCGUACGUCGGAUCAGAGAGCUGCCGGUUCAGAUCCAGCAGCUGCUGGGAGACCUGCAGGAACUCGCCAAGAUCCUCCUGCAGCUGGUGAUCAACGCCACGCCGCUCUACACCAUGCUCCAGCAGCCGUCUGCCCAGGAGGUGGAGGACUUCCUGAACCAGGAGGACAUAACCCCCGACAGUUCGUCCCGCCGCGGCUCCGCUAGCAGUCUCUUCCUAAAGGCGAUGGACGGACGUCCUCGCCGCCGCCGGAGCCUCUACUCCCGCACCACUGCUGGCCGGGGAGGCCCCCAGAGCCCCGACCCCCCCAACGGUCGCCGCCGCUCCAGCGUGAAGGACCUCCUGGCCCCGGAGGCGGAGGAGGACCUCAAGAUCCCUUCCGACGUCGGCAGUGUCGUCCACCGCCGGCCAUCCGCCACCGAGCUGCUCCUCGCUCCGCUCAAACAGUUCGUCUCUCAGAGCCAGAAGGCCUUCGAGUACCUGAGCCCCAACUCCCUCGAUGACGCCACGGAGGAGGACGACGACUCCUAAACGCCACGCUGAGGUCUCGAAUCUGCGGCAAACCGUCGCUGGUCGCACCCCCUCUCGACCAAUCGCAGCCGCCCGUCUCCGUCCACGACGGUGAGACGUUUCGGCCUCAGCUGGCGUCGGUUUGUUCGUACUUGUUCAUCAACGGAGCGAUCGGAAAAGUAUUUUAGUGAUUCAUAUAUCUGCAGGUUUUUAUUUUACUUCUACAAAACAAACUUUCAGAGUCUCUCAUUUAAACUUAAACAGUUCUUUAACUUUCACUUCAAGAAUUAAUAUAUACAUAAAAAAAUUAAAAUAAU